AUGGUUUCCAUUUGGAGGUCUAUCGCCGCUGCAUUGUUUUCUAUUGGUUUAAUCUCUUCCAUCUUCUUCCUCGCUGUUACCGCUGAAUCCUCCAACAAUUCUCAGGUUAGAUGCAGCAAAUCAUGUGUUGCAGAGAACUGCAAUACAAUCGGGAUUAGGUACGGGAAGUAUUGUGGAGUAGGAUGGACCGGAUGUCCUGGAGAGAAACCUUGCGAUGAUCUGGAUGCUUGUUGCAAGAUUCAUGAUGAAUGCGUUGAGAACAAAGGUUUAACCGAUGUUAAAUGCCACGAGAAGUUCAAGAAGUGCAUAAAGAAAGUUCAGAAGUCUGGGAAGGUUGGUUUUUCUAAAGACUGCCCCUAUGACACAGCUGUUCCUACAAUGGUGCAGGGUAUGGACUUGGCCAUCAUGUUUAGUCAAUUCGGCAACUCAAAGUUGGAACUUUGA